GGCGCAUUUACGCCCGAAAUGACCAAAGUAUGUUCGAGACAAUGUUGGUGGUUAUCUAAUCAGAAGCCCCAGACGUUGCAUGAGUCGCACAAGAAUCCGUGGUCGGCCAAUGAGGGGCAGUGCCGCGGGGCUCAAUGACUCCGAUCGCACCUGCCAUAUAAUUUCGAGGACAACAGCACAGUCGCUGCUGACACACUCCACAUACUCAAUUGCUGCCCACCAUGGCGGACGCUACCUACUACAUCGACGAAGACGUCGGUCAAGAUGCCCCCGAGCGAACAGGUGACGAAAGCCUGCCCUACAAGUCCCUCGCAUAUGCCAUUUACCAGAAGGGCGAGGCCGCCAAGUUCAAGACAAGAAAGAGUGUAACCGGCGAGAUUGCUGAGGGUGCCGAGCCCUCAUCGAUUCUGGAAUACAAGGAUGCGACCAAGUCAGCGCUCAAGAAGGCGGUCAACGGCGCAAAGACCCUGAAGAAGAAGGCCGGGAAGGAAGGUGAGCAGCUUGCACUUCGUGCGAAAGAGCAGGAGGCGCGCGACAAGGUGCUCGAGGAGGCUAAGAAGGUUGUGCUCGAGGAGGACAAGAGCCUCCCUGCGCCGGUCAAGAUCAAGCUUGACGACACAGACUCCAGCAAGAUCACACUGGGCGACGGCAAGGAUGUCAAGGGUACACGCGUCAGGGUGUUCGGUCGUGUGCACCGUGAGCGCAAGCAGAGCAAGGUCCUGUUCAUCACAUUAAGAGACGGAUAUGGCUACAUGCAGGUGGUCCUUACCGGCAAGCUGGCCGAGACCUACGAUGCCCUCACCCUGACUCGUGAGACAUCCAUGGAGAUUUUCGGUGAGCUGAGGCAAGUGCCCGAGGGCGCUCACGCUCCUAACAACCGCGAACUUCACGCCGACUUCUACAAGAUCCCUCAGAUCUGGAAGGCAGCGGGUGGUGACGAUGCCAUCACCAACCGUGUCUCGCAGAACACCGACAACCAGGCGCAACUGCUCGACCUCCGCCACCUCACCCUCCGUGGCGAGACAGCCUCCAAGGUGCUGAUCGUCCGCGACGCCGUCGAAUUCGCUUUCAACCAGGUCUACAAGGAGAUGCGCCUGCGCAAGGUUUCGCCUCCUGCGCUCGUCCAGACCCAGGUCGAGGGUGGUUCAACGCUCUUCGAGUUCAACUACUACAACGAGAAGGCCUAUUUGACACAGUCCUCGCAACUCUACCUUGAAACAUGUCUUCCUGCCAUGGGAGACGUCUACUGUAUCGAGAAGUCUUUCCGCGCCGAGAAGUCUCUCACACGCCGCCAUCUCGCAGAGUACACCCACGUCGAAGCCGAGCUGGACUACAUCAACUUCGAGGACCUGCUCAAUCACUUGGAAGAGGUCAUGUGCCGCGUCCUUGAGGUCACUAUGUCGGACCCUACUAUCAAGCAGCACAUCAUGGACCUCAACCCCAACUUCCAGACGCCUUCUCGCCCCUUCAUGCGCAUGAAAUACUCAGAUGCCAUCACAUGGCUCAAUGAACACAACAUUCCUAACGAGGAGGGCAAGCCGCACGAGUUCGGUGAUGACAUUGCUGAGGCUGCCGAGCGCAGGAUGACGGACGAGAUCAACCGCCCCAUCUUCCUGACACAUUUUCCUGCCCACAUCAAGGCGUUCUACAUGCUGAAGGACCCCAACGAUCCACGUGUCACCGAGUCCGUGGACUGCUUGAUGCCAAAUGUCGGUGAAAUUGUUGGUGGAAGUAUGCGUAUGGACGACAACGAGGAGCUGAUGGCUGCGUUCGCGCGAGAGGGCAUCGAUCCCUCGACAUAUUACUGGUACACUGACCAGCGGAAGUACGGGUCCUCGCCCCACGGUGGUUACGGUCUGGGUCUCGAGCGCUACCUCGCUUGGUUGUGCAACCAGCACACCGUCAGGGACUGCUGCUUGUACCCACGCUACUUCGGUCGCUGCAAGCCUUGAGCGGCGAGUCCACGAGCGAAGCUGUGUGCUUCUGCCCUCUCCAGUCCCUUCACGCCUUCUUCAAAGGGAGCCUCAGCAGCCCUUGUGCAAAUGCGAUCUUAACGGGACUCAAGCGGCCACGGAGCUUGAUUGUGCACGACGCUGUAUGGCGUAUCACUGCUCCAGGUACAACAAUGAAUCACUUACGUCCAAUCAGUCUGUUCUUCACGCUAUCAGAUGUGUGUGAUGCUUUAGUCCGG